CGAUUACAAUAAACGUGGCUUUGAAGUAACGAUCUGGGUACUACGCAUCCCCUGUACUCCUCCCUUUGGAUAUAGGAACGAGCAUAUCCUCUCUCUUUCUAACAUGCACGCACUGAAAAGAUCAGUUGUGUUAAAACUUUGACCAGUUCUGUUUUUUCCUUAUAUUUUGGGUUCGAUUGACUGGAAUUUCUAAUUUACUGUUAUUGCCAUAAUUUUAAUCUAGACAAGAUUCACAAUUUCUUGGGCAAUCAUCGGAAUUUUAUUUUAUUUGUUUUCAAUGUGAGGUCUGUACUGGUUGAAGAAUCAUUUUUCUUAUAGCGGAGAAAACCUGGUGUAUGUAAGUAUAUUGAACUAAUAAGUACAUAUUUUUGGGUUUCCGAUCUUGUGAUUUGGAGCUUUUGGGCAUUUUGGGUUGGCGUUUUUACAGAAAUUUGUAUAUAUAGUUUUAAUUGACUUGUGAACAGAGAGAAAUUUGAAAGUGGAAGUUCGCACGGAUGAUGUCCGUGGAGAGAUCAUUCGAAGCAUGGGAGGAGGUGCAGAGGCACGGCCAAGACUUAGCCGACAGGCUUGCGCAGGGCUUUACGGGUUUAAUUCAGUCUCAUAUUAGUCCAGCUGAUUUCCAAUGGCCCAAUCCUCCAACGCCCAACCUAUUUGAAGUCGAGUUUGCAGCUCAGAAUUUCAUGAAAAAAGACUUUGGAUUGGUUGUGGAUAAUUCUGGGAUUAAUGGCGUGUCGGCUAUUUUUGAUAUCGGGAGCAGAAUAGGACAAGCGGGGGCUGAUUUUGGGGCGUGUUUGAAUGGUGUGGUUCAGCAGUUUUUCAGACGAUUGCCUGUGCCAUUCUGGCAUGAUGAGAACGCGGGGUUGUCAUUGCGAACAGAGAGUAAUUGCCGGAAGGGGAUUGAUUUGAGUAUUAAUCAUCUGCAGGAGGAUUUGGGAUCAUUGGCAGAAGGGUUUAGGGAUUAUGGGUUCCCUGAAAAUGACAAGGUCCCGGAGGGGGUGACUGAGGAGGAGAUUUUUGGUGUUAACUUGAAGGCAUUGAAAAAUUUUGGUCGAUCACAGGGUAUAAUCAAUUUCACCUCGACCUAUGACAGUGGAACGAGGAAUGUUGAAGGUUCAUUGGUUGCUAAGGGAGAUUUAUGGAGAGUAGAGGCCUCACAAGGAAGUUCAACAUCAGGAAAUGAAAAUUCAUCAUUGUUCCUUAUCCAGCUCGGACCAAUACUUCUUGUUCGUGAUUCAACUCUCCUUUUGCCUGUUCACUUGUCAAAGCAGCACCUGCUUUGGUAUGGCUACGAUAGGAAGAAUGCAUUGCAUUCCCUUUGUCCAGCUGUGUGGUCAAAGCAUAGAAGGUGGCUGUUAAUGUCUAUGAUCUGCCUCAAUCCGUUGGCCUGUUCUUUCAUGGACUUGCAGUUUCCAAAUGGCCAGGUAACCUAUGUAUCUGGUGAGGGCCUGUCCACCAGUACGUUUCUACCCCUUUGUGGGGGUCUGCUUCAAGCACAGGGUCAAUAUCCAGGAGAGAUGAAAUUCAGCUUCUCUUGCAAGAAUAAGUGGGGCAUGCGCAUAACACCAACAUUGCAGUGGCCCGAUAAAUCGUUUACUUUGGGCCUGGAGCAGGCUUUAGCUUGGAAGAGAUCUGGUCUCUUGGAGAGGCCAACCAUCCAGUUCAGUUUGUGCCCUACAUUUGGCGGCAGCGACCCUGGGACAAGGGUGGAAUUUACCCAUUCUAUAAAGGAGGAGUUGAGUCUUAUCUGUGGCUGUUCUCUUGUGACACAUCCUUCUGCAUUUGCAUCAGUAUCUAUUGAUAAUCUGCUUCUCAGAAGACAUCAGUUGACUUAGGGAGCACCCAUAAGUUUUUGGAAGCUUGGGAGGUCCAAGUGGAAUGGAAAUGUGGGGAGCACCGGGGUAGUGUUCAAAGUCGAAACUCCUUUUGGGAACUAUGGCAGGCCUUCUUUUUCUGCUCAGUUGAAUAGUGGUGUCGAGUUUUGACCUUUGUCUACGCAGACACUUGUACAUAAAUGCUCGUAGUCUCUGAAGCAGCAUCUACAUCAGGUAUUCAAGUCACGUAAUACAAGUCUUGUAAGGCAAAUAUAGACAGCUUCUUGCAGUAUCUUAUUUGCGGUAGGAGCAGAUAAUUGUUUAAUUUUUCGAAAUUGAAAAAUGUUCAUGUUCUGAAAUUCCAUCUGCAUAAUUGCUGUAAUGAACGAGAUUCUGUAUGCCUAAACAAACGAAGUGAUUUUUGUGAUGAAUUAUUUUGUAAGUUGGAAUU